AUGACGAAUGAAGGGUAUAAUUCUAGCGAAGAAGUAUCGUUAAGACUAAAUGAAGCACUUCGGGCAAUUAGGGACAGAAAGAGGAGUGUAGUGGUCGACGGAAUCUACUCAAUAAUUGGACUAUUAACUUAUGGUGAAAGGAUAAGAGUUGACUACGGAAAAGACCCGGAAUCAGUGUUGCGGGAAGUUAUGCUAGUUGCUGUUAAAAAUGGUUAUGAGAUAAAUGCUAUUAGUGGGGAAACGAGUAUAACGGGAGUUAUAAAUAUUGAUUACCAACUCAAGAAAGGAAAGUUUAGUUUUAAACAAAAUAGAGGCAUCAAAAUACUAGCUUCAGAGUAUGUUAUUUGUGACGUUGAAAAAAGCAGCGGCAUAUAUAAUUUAGACAGAGAAGGAAUAGUGGAUGGCAACCUUUGA